AAAACUCAACUCUCUGAAGUCAUUUCUUACUCACCCCUGCUCACAAUCCUCUCCUUUAGACCUUUUGUAAUAGAAGUUUUUUUUUUCUAUAAAGAAAAAAAAAAAGUUGUCACAAAUAUAUAUACUAUAGAUUAUAUACUAUGUUAUACAAACUUUGCUCCUAGUUUUUUCAAUCUCUAUGUGCUUUAUUCUUUUCCUUAUCCUCCUUUGGGUUUGAUUCUGUCCAGGAUUUCUGUUUCUCUUUAAUUAAUUAGAUCAUCACUUGUUCCUCUUUUUUAUUUUUUUCCUUUUUUUAAAAAAAUAAAUAAAAAUCUGCUUCUAGUUAGCUAUCAUAUCAUCUUUGCUCUUCUCUUUACUUGAUUCCAUGAACUUCUUCUGCAUCUAAUUCUCCUUUAAAGAAAAAAAGGUUUUCCAUCUUACCCUAGUUUCUAUCUUCUCAAGAAGUAGAGAGAUUUAAAAAAAAGUCCUAUAUAUAUGUUAAAGAUGGUCUCAAUUAUUUAGGGUCUUGCUGAAAAUCAACAAACAAGUAAGAAUUUUGGUUUUUGAGCUAAUUUUCUUGGUGAAAUUUGUGCUAAAAAUUUGCAAUUCUGGCUAAUUGGUGGGGUGGUCAGGUGGGCAUGUCUGGCCUGGAGCCAGGAUCUUGCCCACCUAUGCUUCUGACGAAGCAGGUCUCGGUUAAUGAGAGUGGAAGUAGUGGUGAUAAUCAAGAAGACAUUAAUGAUCGCGAAAAUGGGGAUCAUGAACCUAAAGAAGGUGCUGUUGAGGUUGGAAAUCGAAGACCUAGAGGUCGUCCUCCAGGAUCAAAGAACAAACCCAAACCACCAAUUUUUGUGACUCGUGAUAGCCCUAAUGCUCUCAGGAGUCACGUCAUGGAGGUGUCAGGAGGCUCAGAUGUGGCAGAGAGUAUAGCACAAUUCGCGAGGAGGCGCCAACGUGGCGUUUGUGUACUAAGUGGGAAUGGUUCAGUUGCAAAUGUAACCCUAAGACAACCAUCAUCACCAGGUGCUGUUGUACUUCAAGGAAGAUUUGAGAUUUUAUCGUUGACCGGAGCUUUUUUGCCCGGUCCAGCCCCUCCUGGCUCGACCGGGCUAACUGUGUACUUGGCAGGUGGCCAAGGACAAGUGGUAGGUGGGAGUGUUGUUGGGCCAUUAAUUGCUGCUGGACCGGUGAUGAUUAUAGCUGCUACUUUUUCUAAUGCAACUUAUGAAAGAUUGCCAUUAGAAGAAGAGGAAGAUGUCGGAGGCGAUCGCUCCGUCCAGUCUCAAGUACAGGCUGAAAAUUCGCCUCCGACCUUAUGUUCAAGUGGUGGAAGGCCACCACCACAACUACAUGAAUUGCCUGAUCCAUCAUCACUACCUAUUUAUAAUUUUACACCAAAUUUAUUACCAAAUGGUGGACAAUUGAAUCAUGAUGCAUAUGCUUGGGCAAAUCCUAGACCACCUUAUUGAGAUUGAAAAAAAAGUGGGUAAAUUUGAAGAAUAAAAGAAGGGUAGUAGGAUCAAGAGAUCAUGUACUAAGGGCUCAUUCUAAUUGGCGUUCCCAACAAAAAAAAUUUCAUACUCAGAGCUCGAGACCAAGAUCUCUAGUUAAGGGUGGAGUAGUCCCACCACUACACCACAAUUCAUGUUGGUGAGAAGUUAUGAUCUUAACCAAGCUAGAUUACAUGUUACUAUUUUCUUAUAUAAAUAAUAAAGUUGCUAA